AUGUCGAAAAUCGUCCAGAGAAAACGAGAGUUCUUCUUCGGCAGAUGCGAAAUUCACAAUGAGAAUCCCCUCUCGCUAUCUUUGAUUGACUUCCAGCGGGAUUUCAUAAUCAACACGACGAGUGCCUUGGCCGUUGCUCGAGAAGCGACAAAGGGAUUUGAGCAGAUCCCAGAAUCGGCAUCGAAGACGUUCAUUCAUGCUGGGAAUAUCCUUAACACUACAACAAUGCCUCCAUUUCUCAGCCUGGGUCUUGGAAAGUCGGCAGCAGCGUAUUUCAUUCAGCAUGCUGCUGUUGCCUACUCAGAUCGAGGAUUCAAGUUCUAUUAUGCUGAUGAAAGAAAUCCUGAUGGCUCAAAUGCAUCGCGAGGAAUCAGCGGAGAAGCUCAUGCGAAGUUCUAUCUUCAGCUCUCCGAGACCAAGUCGCAGGGCUCUUGGCAUCAGACAUUUGUCAAGGACAUAGGAUAUAAACAGUUUUCCUAG